AUGAGUGAAGGAGGAGUCAGGGACCUCACCCUGAACAAAAAAGGAAUUACAAUGAUGGCGUCUAGGAAAAAACUUAUACCCCAGGAGGGUACCAGCCUAGCUGGAGAAUCCCUCUCCUCACCUUCGGGUGUGGACAGCCCCACCGUAUCUGGGGGGGGCACUAACCGCCAGAGGGACGUAAGUCCCUCUCAACUUUCGACACAGUCGAUGAGUCAGGCCGGGUCGGUCUACAUGUCGGACUCCGACAGCGACAGUGGCCACAGUCUCCCGGAGGUCACCCUAACCGAGGAGGACAAGGAUGGCAGGGGCAGUGCGCCUCUGAAAAGAAAAGCACUUGAGGUGCCAGAGAGCAAGGGGCGAGCCAAAAUGAACACUGCAACUAGGGGCCGCCCCGGAUUUCGGCGCACGUACGGCGGAGCUGAAGGCCGCAAGGGAGGUUCGAUGGUGGAUGAACACCUAAAAGUAGUUCGGGAGGCCGCCAAUAGAGUCCUGGAAGAUGCUAGCAAGUCUGGCAACCUGAAAGGGUCAAUAUGGCGGUCAAUGAAGGAGUCCUGCCAACAAAUAAUGGAGGCUACGGAUAAGAUCCAGGCUCAGCAGGUCGAAUCGGAGGCGGUCCGCAUCCUCACAGCGGACAAUAAAAGAAUGCGGGAGCAACUGGAGCUCCUGCAAAAAGAAACUAAGGCUCUCCGAACGGCAUACGCUGAAAAAUCCGCUGAGCCUCCCACCACAGGGACGGGUUGCACCAGGGCCGAAAUCCAGGAGGUUCUGGCCGACUUUAAGGAGUCUCUGGAGAGGGACCUAUUUGUAAGGCUAGGGGGCAUGGUUACGGACCGCCUCAAGGAGGCCGAAAAAAGGGGCAUACUUACUCCCGAGCCAACCCUGCGCCCGCCCCUUGCGGCUGAUAAGAGGCAUCAUGAGGCUGAACGCCCAAACCGCAAGGAGGCCUCCUCGGAUCGGCCAACAACCCUAAUGCCCCCUGCCAGACCUGGACCAGCGGUGCGAAAUGCGACUCGUCCCGCCUUGCAGUCACGGGACAAAGAGCCGAAGCAGGGCCCCUCCAACGCACUGGACGAGAUACGUCCGGUGAACCAAAACGAGGAAAGGUGGGCCACCGUAGUUAAGAGGAGAAAGGGUAAGGGAAAGGGGAAGAAAUCCUCCCCUGAUCAGGCGAAACCCACCCAAGCCCAGGCCCGGUCCCCCGGUAUGGCCACGAAACCGCCACCCAGAAAAAUGUUCACCCCACCAAAGUCGGCAGCGGUGGUGGUGACCCUACGGCCGGAGUCACGAAUGGACUACAAGUCCCUUAUGGCCAGGGUCACUACCCUUAAACUGGCAUCCAUUGGGGUAGACCAUGUGGCGGUUAGGAGAACUGCUACCGGGGCUCGUAUCAUCGAGGUCCCCGGAGCAGACAGCGCUGUUACAGCCGACACCCUGGCUGAAAAGCUAAGGGAGCUGAUCGGAGCUGAAGCGGAGGUAUCUCGGCCUUAUAAAACGGCUCAAGUUAAAAUCUCUGGCUUCGAUGAGGCGGUCACCCAGGAGUCCCUGAGAGAGGCUGCAGCUGGGAUUGGAAACUGUCCACCGGAACAAAUAAAGGUAGGUGCCAUCCGCAUGGCGCCAGACCAGACUGGAGCGGCUAUCCUGACCUGCCCAGUGGCGGCCGCCAACUCUCUAAUUAAGGCUGGACACCUACUGGUUGGAUGGUCGGCCGCUAAGGUCAAGGGACUCGAGGCCCUGCCUAUGCGGUGCUUCCGUUGCAUGGGCAUGGGCCACACCAGGGCCCUCUGUCCGUCUCCGGUGGACAGAUCCAAUGUCUGCCAUCGAUGCGGCAAAACGAGCCACGUGACGGCCGAGUGCAGUGCCAAGGAGCCGUGGUGCGCCGUGUGUCACGCCGCAAAGCUCCCGGCGGGGCACGUAAUGGGGGGAAAGGCCUGCAACCCCCCACGCACCAGGGGUAAGACGGCCCUGGCUACGAGGGAGGUCUCGGAGGGUCGACUAAUGGAACAUUAA